UGCCUGGCGGCGGGUCCUCAGCUCCUAGCCGAGGUGCGGCGAGCCGGUGGGGGGACCGCGAGGCGAGCGCGGGAGCCUGGGCGGCGAGCGCGGUGUGAGCUACCCGAAAAUGCACUCGGAUGCCGCCGCUGUCAGUAUUGCUUUAGGUACGAGGGAUACAGCAGUGGACAAGAGCAAGCAAGUUCUCACCUUUGUGAAGCUUACAUUCUAAUGCGAGAGGAAGAUGACAGACAAAUAUGACAUAUAUGAGGAGGUACUAAUGCCAUAAAGAGAGUUACUAGAGACGGCAUGUGGAGACAGUCUUUGAUUUGGCCAUGUUUCUCUGCGAGUACUUUCAGCUGAACUCUCAUCUCUCAACACUGGCAAAUAUUCAUAAGAUCUACCACACCCUUAAUAAGCUAAAUCUAACAGAAGACGUUGGCCAAGACGAUCACCAAACAGGAAGUCUGCGGUCUUGCAGUUCUUCGGACUGCUUUAGUAAAGUGAUGCCGCCGAGGAAAAAGAGAAGACCUGCCUCUGGAGAUGAUUUAUCUGCCAAGAAAAGUAGACACGAUAGCAUGUAUAGAAAAUAUGAUACAACUAGAAUAAAGACUGAAGAAGAAGCCUUUUCAAGUAAGAGGUGCUUAGAAUGGUUCUAUGAAUAUGCAGGUACUGAUGAUGUUGUAGGUCCCGAAGGCAUGGAGAAAUUUUGUGAAGACAUUGGUGUUGAACCAGAAAAUGUAGUUAUGCUCGUCCUAGCUUGGAAAUUGGAUGCACAAAACAUGGGUUAUUUUACUCUACAGGAAUGGUUAAAAGGAAUGACGUCUCUACAAUGUGAUACAACAGAAAAACUCAGAAAUACUUUGGAUUACUUAAGAUCAUUAUUAAAUGAUUCUACAAACUUUAAACUUAUUUACAGAUAUGCAUUUGACUUUGCACGGGAAAAGGACCAGCGCAGCCUAGACAUAAACACUGCCAAGUGCAUGUUGGGACUGUUAUUAGGAAAAAUCUGGCCCCUUUUUCCAGUUUUUCACCAAUUCUUAGAGCAAUCAAAAUAUAAAGUUAUUAACAAAGACCAGUGGUGCAAUGUGCUAGAGUUUAGCAGAACAAUUAACCUUGACCUCAGCAACUACGAUGAAGAUGGAGCAUGGCCAGUUUUGUUGGACGAGUUUGUGGAAUGGUAUAAAGACAAACAGAUGUCCUAGGACUUUAUGCAUAGCAGCGAGAGAGUCACUGUUACCACAGUUAUGUCAACCAUUAGCCAUAAAUUGCUGUUUGUAUCCAAGCGCAUGCUGCUUUUCUUGCACUGUCUCCCUUUGGCAGGGACGUGUUGGUGUUUGCUAUUGAAUGGGCCAGCUCUGCUUGCUGUGUAGCAUUGUUCUCUUGGAAGGCUGCUUUGCAGUUUGUAUUUACACUACAGAUUGAUGAAUUUGCCAACGUCCUCACUGUGAUUAUGUGUAUAUUGCUGUUUAAAUUUUGUAUAUGUGUAUAAAAAGAAGAAGCUUCACCUAGAGAUUAUUUCUGCAAAAAUGUAUUGUAAAAUAAUUUUUGUGGCAUAUUUCUAGUCCCUUUUUUCAGAUGAACCAAUUAUACAUUUAUUUGGUCUCAAAUGUAGCAUUUCAGAAAACAAGACAGAACAACUGUUACCAUAUGCAAAAGUUGCCAGAAUUAACCUUAUUGUUUAAGAGGCCAACUUUGGAAGGAGGUGGGAGUCAUAACUUUUCAGAGGCAUAUGCCAAAUAUAAUUUGGUUUACUUAAGAAUUAGUAUUUUUAGGGCUUCCCUGGUGGCGCAGUGGUUGAGAGUCCGCCUGCCGAUGCAGGGGAUACGGGUUCGUGCCCCGGUCUGGGAAGAUCCCACAUGCCGUGGAGCGGCCAGGCCCGUGAGCCAUGGCUGCUGAGCCUGCGCGUCCGGGGCCUGUGCUCCACUACGGGAGAGGCCACAGCAGUGAGAGGCCCGCGAACCACAAAAAAAAAAAAAAAAAAAGAAUUAGUAUUUUUAAAUGCUGGAAGUUAGAAUAAUUGAACAUACAGACACAUACUAUGCCACAAAUCAUUUCUACCAUGCAGGGUAUAGGUUUUGAUUUUCUAAUGUGAAAGCUAGCAUGGUUUGACUAUAGGUACAGAUGAACAAAUUAAAAUUGCAUCUUUUUUUUUUCAUUGGUUUAAAACUUUUGUAAACUUUUUUAGUGUUUUUUUUUUUUUUUUUUUUCCUUUUGCAUUCUUCUAGUCAGUGUUUGGUCUGCUGAUGCUUUCUAUGCCAUUCUAAGUAAAAUUUAUUUUGCCACCUCCAUGAAAACCUAAUCGUUUGCUGGCAAUUUAUAACUGCAGAGCACUUUUAGUUGUGGCUUGAAUUUUUAGUUAAGCUUUCAUGGUGUUUAAUUCUCUAGUUUUGAGGCGGAAAGAACUAUACUAUAAGUGAGAGGUGUUUUGUUUUGUUUUCCAUUUUUGUUUCUUUCACGCUAGGCUUUUACUGGCAGAAUGUCCAUUGCAGGCAGUGGACACAACACCACCAGCAUUGAGCUAAAAUCUCUAUUACACGGUAGGACCUUUCCUGGAGGGGCUGCUCAUCAUUACCUGAGUAAUGUGUACAGAGAGGUGAUAGCCAUUAUUUAUGUGGAUGAGGAAACAAGAGUAAACAGGACGGUAGUUUUAGGUUUGUAUUUUAUGUCUUCUUUUUUUUUUUUCCCCUUGUCUGACCCUUCUCAAGGAAAUGUAUAAAUAACAUGUUUCUCCCUCAACUAUCUGGUGCUAUUGAAUGACUAAUUUAGUCCCUAAAGUUUUGUGAAAACACAAAAGUCUAAUGACUUAAACCAAGUGAAAGCUAAUGGUGCAUUUAAACAAGUGAAUGCCUAGUUGUGAGCAAACUCCAUGAUUGAACAUGCAGCGGUUGGAAGAGGUUCCGAUUAUUUCAAAAUCUGGCCCCAAAACCUUUUGGGUCAAAUGUGAACCUCUAAAUGGCAUUAAAUGAGUAAAGCACACAGACAGUGCUACUCUUGACCAUGAUUUCACAGUUUCUUUGCCAACAGUGUUCAGAUUUUCAUAUAUUAUUUUUUUCCCUAACUGAACCACCAAAGACAGGAAUUUUGUAUGUAUAUACAGUGUGUGUGCAUAUACAAAAUCAUAUGGUAGAAUGAAAUUACUUCCUUUUUCUACUGAAUAGAAAGGUUUGGUUUGCUGUGAAAUAAACCAGAAGUUGGAAAAACUCUGUAGUGAUUAAGCAUACUUAACCAUUCCUUGUUGAGAAGUUGUAGACUCCCUUCUACCUUACACAUUCAUACCAGUUUGCACCAGUUUGCACAAAUUCCUAUCUGCAAAGGAUAGAAGAUGUUGAGCAAGCACUGCUCCUGAGACCAACGCGUUGAAAGGGCUUCCGUUCUGACGGGCGCCUGCUACUCCAGUGGCGAUUGGCCAUAGGCAGGUUCCAAUCUGUUGAAAACUUGAGUCAUUUUCAAAAGGAUCCCAUAAAGUUAACAAAUUACACUUUAAAGGCAGCAGUUCUUAAAUUUGAUCAACUCUAGUUUUGUUUAAAGCAAAUAUAAAUCAUAGAUGAAAUUGGUUUAAAAGGUAUUGUUAGAAACUGGAGAAUUUUUUAAACACUAAAGCACAGUUAAUCCUAAAAUAAAAGGGUUGUUACAGGGAAGAUGUUACAUUUUAACCACAAUGGACAUUUUGAUGAUAGGGGUUUUGGAAAAGCCAAGUGAAAACUAUUUCAUGAUGUACCUAAUAUGGAAAUAAGUAUUCCAAAGGGAUAAUCUUGCGUAUUUAGAGAAGUCCAAGUAAUCUUUGAACUCCCUUGAAAAAUAAAUCAUUGUGACUGCAGAGUGCUUGCCCUUGGUUUUCUUGAUUCUGUGCAGUUAUUUUUAAGGGGAAGAAGAGGGGCCAGGGUAAUAAGAUACUUUUUCUUAAAAAUGUCCCUCAGUUACAUAAGCACUUGUUUAUGGGUGAAUGCCAAGUGAAUGAGGGUGCCUUUUUCUGGUUUUUCUUUCUCACCUACGUCUCCCCACUUUCUCUUUCCAUCAUGUUUUGAACUCCACGUUGCAAUACUCUGUCAUAAUAGAAUGCAACUUUUAGAUGUUUACUGCUGUGGUACGUUGGAAAUUUCCUUAUUUGAUUUGCCAUAAACACUUUCUAUAACAUUACAUGCAGCUUAUUUGAAGCAUGACCUCUGAAUUAAGUUUUUAUAAAUCUGACUAGACAGACCUCUAGAUUCUGGAUUAACAACAAACUUCUGUUGCCUCUCAGUCUCCAUCUUAACAGUGCUUUUGAAGUUUAUACAGAAAGCUUUAAAAGUUAGUUUGUGCCCUUGGUUUUUAUUCUUACAACUGCUAAAAUACCUCUGUACGCCUUAUCUUUUAUUCUUUCAUACGUUGUAUAAUAAAUGUGUAGAAUUCAUUGACCAACUGAAAGGUUGGGUGUCUGUAAAUGAGACCAAAACGUGGGUUGCUUUUUUUCAUGAAGUCAUUUCUCUUGGGGGUUACUGUUAGUGAACAGCAGCUAACCUGUAACUGUGAAUGCUUCGUGUCGUCAGUAUUUGCAUUACCUUCAUAAACGUGUGCAAGUCCUGUGACUCCCAGCUUAACUGAAAUACUGUUAUGCCAUCUAACUUGAGUACAGCAAACUGGUUUUAGGUUUUAAUGGAAUUGAUGUAAAACAAUACCCCAUAAAUAAAAAGUAUUUGUGUUUGGUUUCAGAA